AUGUUCAUCGCAGGCGUCUGGCGGCGGCUGGUGUGGAGGCCACGGCACGGCGGCUCCAAGAUGGACCACAAACGUUUCAAGAAAGCUGAGGCGGCAGCGGUAAUAUCAAUAGAUCUUGGUUCAGAAUGGAUGAAAAUCGGCAUCGUGUCACCUGGUGUCCCGAUGGAAAUCGUUUUGAAUAAAGAGUCGAAGCGUAAGACACCGGCCGUAGUCGCAUUUAGAGACGGCGUGCGAACAUUUGGGGAAGAUGCUGUUACAGUAGGCGUAAGGUUUCCAAAGAACACAUACAAAUUCUUGCUAGAUUUACUCGGAAAACCAUAUGAUCAUCCUUUAGUGAAAGCAUACAAAGAGCGGUUUCCAUACUAUGAUUUGGAGGCAUCUGACCGUGGCACUCCUAUAUUUGUACAUGAUGAGAAUACAAAAUUCACACCUGAAGAACUAGUUGCUCAACUUCUAGCUAAGGCGAAGGAGUUUGCAGAGAUUAGCCAUGGUCAACCAAUCACUGAAUGUGUUAUCACUGUGCCUGGAUAUUUCAAUCAGGCAGAAAGAAGAGCAUUGAAGGAUGCAGCGUCACUUGCAGGGUUGAAUGUUCUCCAACUUAUAAAUGAUUAUACGGCAAUUGGGAUAAAUUAUGGCAUAUUCAGGAGAAAGGAAAUCAAUGACACGCCUUGGUACACUCUGUUCUUUGAUAUGGGUGCAGUUUCUACAAAAGCUGCUUUGGUUGAAUAUAAGACUGUGAAGAUAAAGGAGAAGGGUUAUGUUGAGACUGUGCCGCAGUUACAGGUUAUCGGUGUUGGAUUUGACAGAACUUUGGGAGGUUUUGAAAUGACAUUGCGUCUCAGAGAGCACCUGAUUAAGGCUUGGCUUGCAAACGGUGGAGGAGACGUUAGGGCCUCCCCUAGAGCAAUGGAAAAGCUCUUGAGAGAAGCUGAGAGAUUGAAAAUAGUGCUGUCAGCUAACACUGAACACUAUGCGCAGAUUGAGAAUUUAAUGGAUGAUAAAGACUUCAAAGUAUUGGUAACCAGGGCCGAAUUCGAAGAACUAUGCUCGGAUUUGUGGCCACGAGUGGCGGGAGUAGUUCAACGCGCCGUGGCGGCUGCCUCGGGCUCCGGUGGUGGUGCGAAACUGGUGCUCGCUGGUGGCGCAGCCCGGGCGCCGGCGGUCCAUGAAGCCCUACGCACUGCUGUAGGCCAUGAACCCGCCCGGUCCAUCAAUGCUGACGAAGCUGCUACAAUGGGAGCUGUGUAUAGGGCAGCGUCACUCGCCACUGGUUACAAGGUCGCAGCGUUGAAUGUUCGAGAUGCCGUGCUGUUGCCCAUACAAGUUGUAUUCACAAGAAACGUCGACGGCAGUGAGAAAUUGAUUAAGCGAACUCUAUUUGGUCCUAUGAACCCAUACCCUCAAAAGAAAGUAAUCACUUUCAAUAAGCACAUAGAUGAUUUCGCAUUCAACGUCAACUAUGCAGAAUUAGAUCACAUUCCCUCUUCGGAGCUGAAUUAUAUCGGCUCGUUGAACCUAAGCCAGGUAGUACUGUCUGGUGUCGGUGAAGCUUUAGCCAAACACACCGGGGAAAACGUUGAACACAAGGGCAUUAAAGCUCAUUUCAAUAUGGACGACUCUGGCAUCCUCAACUUGGUGAAUGUAGAAUUCGUAGCGGAGAAGACUGUAACUGAGGAGGAAGAGGACAAGGACAGUACCCUAUCGAAAAUAGGCAGCACCAUAAGCAAACUGUUCGGUUCCGAUUCCGAAACGCCCGAGAAGGCCGAAGAGAAAACUGAAGAGAAGCCCGCUGAAGCGGAAAAUAACGGAACUAAAACUAACGAGACCACGGCGGAUAAACAGAACGCCACCGAAACUGAGAGCAAACCGAAACCCAAAAUAGUGGUUCUGAAAGAGCCCAUAAAAAACGAGGAGCAGGUGCUAAACCUGCAGCCCUUGUCGCCGGAACAGUUCAAGGAAUCGAAAAACAAAAUCAAACAGUUGAACGCCAUUGAUAAGAAGCGAAUUGAGAGGGAAACAGCGCUCAAUAAUCUAGAGACGUUCGUGGUAGAUGCUCAGCUUAAAAUCGAAAUGGACGAAUACGCCGAAUGCGGAACGGCGGAGCAAGUUGAGGAAAUCAAAAAGCUGUGCGCCGAAUUGUCGGAAUGGCUAUACGAAGAGGGCUAUGAAGCUGAGACAGACACUUAUGAGGCCAAGUUGACUUUACUUAAGGACAAAACCAAUCCUAUUUUCUACAAACACUGGGAGCACAGGGAGAGGCCCGAUGCGGUGGCAGCGAUGAAAAGCAUGCUCAACAGCUCGCAGGAGUUUUUGAAGAUGGCAAGGAAUCUGACCAAGGAGGCCAACUCUGAUCGCGACGUGUUCACAGACGUAGAAAUCGGCGUGCUGGAGAAGAAGAUCGACGAGACGAAGUCCUGGCUCUCCAAGUCGAUCGAGGAGCAAAAUCAACUGCGCAAAAACGACGAGGUCAAACUGACCGUUGACAGCAUCCGUGAGAAAAUGUCCAGUCUAGACAGGGAGGUGAAGUACCUAGUUAACAAGAUGAAGAUAUGGCGCCCGAAGAAGCCCGCCAAAAAGGAAUCCGAGAACAAGACGGAGACGGUUAUAGAACCUGAAAAUAAUGGAGAACACGAGAAAACAGAAGAUCAAAAAGAGUCAACUGAGAACCAAGAGGAGAAACCAGAAAUCUUACCUGAAGUAAAAGAGGACACCGGAGGUGAGAAAGAAGAACUACCGCAAAUAUCUGACGAAAAUUCUGAACAUUCCGAGUUA